AUGCGCACUGCCGCCGUGAUCCUGGCAGCUCUCGCUGCUGGGCUGGGCCAGGCACAGUAUCUCAUCAACGAGCUUAGCUUUGGCAUAAAUUCCAAAAUCAGCCAUGACGAGUCCCCCGGUACUAUCCCGCACUAUCACGUCAACGGGCAGCCCAACCGUCCCGAUGUGCUGUCCAACAGGGUCAUCCUGACGCCCAUGGGCAUUGGGAACCAACGCGCCUCCAUAUGGGGCGAGCGUACGCUGCAGCGGAGCGACUGGGUUGCCGACAUUGACUUUCGCGCCAACGGCCCCGAGCGCGCCUCGGGCAACCUCAACAUCUGGCUUGCCAAGGACGGCCGCACCACCAUCCAGGAGAACAGCGUCUACACCGUCGGUCGCUUCGAGGGUCUCGUCCUCGUCAUUGACCAGUACGGCGGCUCUGGCGGCAUGCUCCGCGGCUUUCUCAAUGACGGCAGCAAGGACUACGCCCACCAGGGCAACAUUGACGCCCUCGCCUUUGGCCACUGCCAGCUCACCUACCGCAAUCUGGGCCGGCCGUCGCAGAUCAAAAUUCACCAUGCGAACGGCAACUUCAAGGUCGAUAUUGACGGCCGCAAGUGCUUCGAGAGCGACAAGAUUGUUAUUCCCCAGGGCUACACUUUUGGCGUCACCGCCGCGACGCCCGAGAAUCCCGACUCCUUUGAGGUCUUCAAGCUCACCGUCAUGAGCGAGACCGUCGACCCUCGUCACUCCCAGCAGCAGCAGGGCCAGGGCAACAAUAACCAAAAUAGCAAUCAGCAAGCGAUGCCCGGUGGCUACGAGAAUCCCGCCGAUGCCUUCAAAAAGAUCUUCCCCGACGAGAGCGCCGACACCUUCCAGACGUCGGCGCAGCAGUUUGCCGACCUGCACAACCGGCUGCAGUCGACAUACCACCAGCUGGCCGCCGUCUACCGGUCGGUAACGGAGCAUCACGCCGUCGAUGAGCAGCGCCACAGGGAAGUCCAGGACAUGGUGCGCAACAUCCGCGCCGACCUCCAGCGCCUGGACAAGGUCGACAGCCUCCAGCGCACCGUCGAGGCCCUCCAGCGCGACGUCAGCGGCCUGCGCGACGCCCUCGACCGCCGCAUCAGCUCCCACGAGACGAGCUUCCGCGGCGCCCUCACCGACCACCACCGUCUACUCUCCGAGCGCAUGGCCGACAGCAUUCCCGGUCACGGCAAGCUCAUCUUUAUCAUUGUUGGCACACAGAUUCUUUUCGCGGGCAUCUACAUUUUGUACAAGCGGCGCAAGAUGGCUGGACCCAAAAAGUAUCUGUAG